UGUGCAGCAACGACCAAGAAAGACAACCGCUCGCCGUCGUCGCACUCUCACCGCCCACCGGCACCGCGCAGCAGCAACCAGGCAACCAGCAUGACCCCCGACACGGCCUUCGUGCUGGAGAUGGCCGCCGUGGUCUGCCUGGUGGUGCUCAUCGUCGCCAUCGUCGCCGCCGCGGCGGGCGCCUGUGAGCCUGUUGCCGCCGCGGUGCACGACGUCGAGCAGGCGCUCGGCCCCGCCACGCUCAUGACGUACGACCAGGCGAGGACGAAGGCGGCCAGCACCGGCACCGGCGGCAACGGCGAGAAAGGGAGCGCGUCGGCGCCGGCGCCGUCGUCGGCGGAGGAGGAGGCGCCGUGGUGCGCCAUCUGCCUGUCGGAGUACGCCAAGGGCGACGAGCUGGUGCGGGUGCUGCCGGCGUGCGGCCACUUCUUCCACGCCGACUGCCGCAUCGACUGGUGGCUCCGGCACCGCGGGACGUGCCCGAUCUGCCGCGGCGGGCUGCGGCCGCUGCCGCUGCCAACGAGGCCGGGGUGUCCGCCCAUGCCGCCGCGAGUGGCCGGCGCCGCGAUCGGCCGCGGCAGGGGGUGAAUCAGCUCAGCUAUCGCGCGCAUUGUUGAUUCUUGGUUAGUUGUUAGGAGUUUGCAGAGGAGACAGACAGAGGUGAAAAUGGUGCAAAGGAUAAUUUUGUUACGGUAAAUCUAUGUAGAGAGAGGCCUUUACUUUAAAACAAAUCACUGUAAGCAUUUUUCUCAAAAAAAAAAAAACAUAUAGGCCCUUCUGCUACCAAAAUUUUUUACAUUUUGAUGCUGUCUACCGUUGUUUUGGAUGGCAGUGGCCAAUGAUAGACUAUUCACGAGGCAAA